AUGGCUGGAAUAUUAAAAGCAAUCUUGUUUUCCUGCAUUUUCUAUUACGUUGCUGCUAAAAGUCUUCAGAGAAGCUCCGUUACCAAAUGCGGAAGUGCAAACUUCAUAACACCCCAUAAUGCUUUAUGUGAUCGAUACUAUCUUUGUAAAGAUGGUGAACUUGAAGUUGAAAAAUGUCCCGAAGGAACCUUGUUCUGUUCUUCGUCACUCCAAUGUGAGAACAAGGAAAAUGUUGAUUGUGGAAAACUGAGAAUACCUAAUGAAGGAAGUGAACGCUCUAUUAAAAACAGAUUCUUGAAUGAUUUAAUCGAUAUUGAUUAUAUUACGGGGAUUUUUGAUAUCAUCGACGUUGUUGUUGUAGAUUCGCAAAUUACCCUUAUUAAAAGUGAUAUAGAUUUUUAA